GCAGUGGAGCCCAUGUUCUCUGCCAUGUGCGACUGUCAGGCCCUGCACCCCGACCCCGAGGACGCGGACACAGAUGACGACGAUUACGAGGGAGAGGAGUAUGACGUCGAGGAGGCUGAGCAAGAGCAGGGUCAGGGUCAGGGCCAGGGCGACGUCCCCACGUUUUACACCUAUGAGGAGGGUUUGUCUCACCUGACGGCCGAGGGUCAGGCCACACUGGACCGGCUGGAGGGGAUGCUGGCCCAGUCUGUCACACAGCAGCACCACAUGGCUGGAGUCAGAAGCGACGAGCCGUCGGCUGAAUUUGAAGGUCGGUGUGUGUUCAAACUCAUUAUAGAGACGGUUUAUUUCAGUAGUGGUGAUCUGUCUGUCCUUGAGAGGGCAGUUUAGUUUUGUGUACU